AUGUCCUCCCAAAUCAUACUGAGGCUGCUGCCAAGCGCCAGAUGCUUGUUUGAUGAGCCUGUUCAGCUGAAGGUGUCCGGGCUGAGGUCGAGGCAGGUGGUCACUAUGAGAGCCAGAUCUGCUGACGAGCGAGGAGUGGUGUUCAGCUCCUCGGCCACCUACAGGGCUGAUGGGAGAGGGGAGAUCGACUUGGACAGAGACCCCUCACUCAGCGGGAGCUACGUCGGGGUUGAACCCAUGGGGCUGCUGUGGUCGAUGAGGCCAGACAUCUUGCACAAAAGGUUUCAAAAAAACAAUUCACUAAACCCCCAUGUUGUGAGGUUCUCUGUACAUGAGGAGGAGGGGAGGGUGCUGGCAGAGGCGACCAAUGAGAGGCUUCUGAUAGGAGAGGGCGUCAGUCGACACCCAGUCAGAGAGGGAAAUAUUCAUGGAGUCCUGUUCACGCCUCCAGGACAAGGCCCAUUUCCUGCUGUGCUGGAUCUGUACACGUUUGGUGGAGGGGUAUCUGAGAAAAGGGCCUCUCUGCUGGCCAGCCGAGGAUUUGUGGUUCUCACUAUGUCACUGUACGGCCAUGACGACAUGCCAGGGAACACCAAAAAGAUCCAGCUAGACUAUUUUGAGGAAGGAAUACAACUUUUAAAAAAACAAGAUAAGGUGGGUAGUAAAGGAGUUGGUGUUGUAUCUCUUUCAAAAAGUGCAGAUAUUGCACUUUCAGUGGCCUCUUUCCUGCCAGAUGUGUGGAUCAAUGGCUGCUCUGCUAAUACAGCUUUACCUCUCUACUAUAAGAACAGCCAAAUCCUCCCUGCAUUAAUGUUUGACGUUAGCAGGAUAAUUCACACUGAGUUGGGGGCUGGCAUUGUCAAGUAUGUUUUGAACAGUACCCUGGCAGAGGAAAACAAGGUCACCCUGGUCCCCAUUGAACAAGCAAAGGGACACUUCCUCUUUGCGGCUGCAGAGGACGACCUGAACUGGGACAGCAAGGCUUACAUGGACCAGAUGGUAGAGAGACUGAAGCACCAUGGGAAGGAGAACUUUGAGAGUGUGUGUUACCCUGGAGCUGGACAUUAUUUAGAGCCCCCGUAUGGACCGUUCUGUCCCUCUGCUAUGCAUGGGGUCGUUCACGCUGCAGCCUUGUGGGGGGGUGAGCCCAGGGACCACGCAGCAGCCGAAGUCCACCUGUGGAAGAAGAUCCAGGACUACUUCAGAACUCACCUGAGCUGUGAUGCUGCACUGUCUGAAGCCAAGUUAUAGGUGCAACUACACUGAUACAAACAACACUGUGGUAAUGCUAAACUCACUUUAUUAAUGAAGGCUACUGUGUAAUUAUGGGAAAUUAAGCUGAUUUCUUGUUUUUCAGUGUGAAUUUCUUGUAUGAUGUACAAAAGUAUCUUCACAGAGAGAAAGUGAGAGCCAUUGCGCAGCCUACUGUACAUGGGCAAAUCCAUAGCUUAAAUAAUAACUUCAAUCAUUUUUGAUCUUCUUCUAAAGGUUAUUUCCUAUAGUAUGUGGUAAGUCCUGCUUUUAUUCAUUAAUGAUAAACCAGCUACUUGCAUUUGUAGCUCAUUUUGAAUUGGUAUGUCUUUUUGUAAGCAAUCUACACCCAAGGAUUGUAGAAAUAAUGUCUUACUCAUGUCCUUCCACUAACAGUCUAGUCAGGGUAACAUUUACAGCCAGUAGAUUUGCCAGAAGUCUGCAGCUGUUGUUGAAAAUUGGUCGAACUAAUGUAAAAUGUUGGCUGUUAUUUCAACAUUGACUAACAGGUCAACUGCAUUUUAUUGUUGCAGCAGGUGGGUUUAGAUACUGGGUGAAGCUAAACUGAACUUUGUAUAAACUGUUUGGAAUUUUAAUUUUUAUAGACCUUUCAUAAAUGUUUCAAAUAAAAAUUGUAAAACAAGUGUGGUUAUCAAAGAAAUGUUGGGGAGCAACUAUGAAAAAACUGGCAGAUGUUUGUAUAAGCUUCAGGGCAAAGUGGAUUGUAAAAUCAAGGAGAGAAGACUUGUCUGAGAAUAGGGGAUACGGGUUUGAACCACACUUUGUAUAAAACUGGAAAACACCCUUCAGGCUACUGUGAGUACUGUGGUGAG